GGUGGAUCCAGGCAAGGAAGGGGUCAUGGGCAGUUGGAUCCAGGUGGGAUAGGGAGAUCGCGCCAAACGCAGGAAGGUGGUAGUGGAGGAGAGCUGCAGCAGGUGGACUCUUAUGGGAGAGAACGAUGGCGAGUACAUGUGGCACUCAAGGAUACAGUCCCUGUUGACUUUCUACUGUCUCUACACAAUGGUGACUUGCCUGAUAUCAGCUCCAUGUUAUGAAUACAUUGACUUAGAAGGAAAGGUGGGAAUGAACUGCAGCAACCAAUAUCUUGACUCUGUCCCUGCCUCCCUCCUGUCAGACACCGAGAUCCUCCUGUUGAGUUUCAACAACAUCACAUCUGUCUCCUUAAGCUCCUUUGGAAACCUCAAUAAGCUCCACGACCUUGACCUCUCUAACAACCAAAUUAGACACUUCAACAGUGAUGACACCCUCUCAGUUCAGAAAUUGGAUCUCUCGUCUAACGCCUUAACCACAAUUCCUGACUUCAGAAAGUUGCCUCUUCUCAGGAAGUUGGUCCUUGAUGUCAAUCAGAUCUCGACUCUCCCAGAGAGAGCAUUUGAGCCCUUGGUCCACCUGGAAGACCUCAGCAUCAAGGGAAAUGCCAUCAUUUCCAUUCCUGACCACAUCUUUGACCCACUGGUGAAGCUUCGAUAUCUCACACUCUCUGCAAACAGAAUCGAGGAAUUCCCCAAGGAUGCACUGGGCAGGUUGGAAGAACUGCAGACUUUUGACAUCUCAAACAAUAAACUAAGAACAAUCCCUGAAGACUUCUUUGAAAACAAUGUGCUUUUUUAUGCGUUCCUGUACAACAAUCCCUGGGACUGUGAGUGCAGCACGGUGAGUUAUUUGAAGGGGUGGAUUGAUGAAAACGACGGGAACAUAUACAAAGUUGUGGGGGAACCUGACUCAGAGACGGUGGUUUGUGCAACUCCCACCACUUGGCAGGGAACUCCAAUUAUUAAUCUCCUUACCGAGCAGAUCUGUCCCAGUGUGACAACGGAACUGAUGACUCCGACAAACUUGGUACAUGGUACAGUGACCACAUUCCACAAACUAUUCCUGCAAACGUCUCGGCACCAGGAGAUCUGUGCUCAGUACAUCGACCGAGCAGGAAAGGUGGGAAUGAACUGCAGCCAUCGAUCUCUUGAUUCUGUCCCUCUCAUCCUCCCAACAGACACUGAGGUCCUCUUAUUGAACUUCAAUGCCAUCACCUCUGUCUCCUUUAGCUCCUUUAGAAACCUCACUAAGCUCUACGACCUUGACCUCUCAAACAACCAAAUUAGACACUUGCACAGUGAUGUCACACUCCCAGUUCAGAAACUGGACGUCUCGUCUAAUGUCUUAGCCACACUUCCCGAUUUCAGGAAGUUGCCUCUUCUCAGGAAGUUGGUCCUUGAUGUCAAUCAGAUCUCGACUCUCCCAGAGAGAGCAUUUGAGCCCUUGGUCCACCUGGAAGACCUCAGCAUCAAGGGAAAUGCCAUCAUUUCCAUUCCUGACCACAUCUUUGACCCACUGGUGAAGCUUCGAUAUCUCACACUCUCUGCAAACAGAAUCGAGGAAUUCCCCAAGGAUGCACUGGGCAGGUUGGAAGAACUGCAGACUUUUGACAUCUCAAACAAUAAACUAAGAACAAUCCCUGAAGACUUCUUUGAAAACAAUGUGCUUUUUUAUGCGUUCCUGUACAACAAUCCCUGGGACUGUGAGUGCAGCACGGUGAGUUAUUUGAAGGGGUGGAUUGAUGAAAACGACGGGAACAUAUACAAAGUUGUGGGGGAACCUGACUCAGAGACGGUGGUUUGUGCAACUCCCACCGCUUGGCAGGGAACUCCAAUUAUUAAUCUCCUUACCGAGCAGAUCUGUCCCAGUGUGACAACGGAACUGAUGACUCCGACAAACUUGGUACAUGGUACAGUGACCACAUUCCACAAACUAUUCCUGCAAACGUCUCGGCACCAGGAGAUCUGUGCUCAGUACAUCGACCGAGCAGGAAAGGUGGGAAUGAACUGCAGCCAUCGAUCUCUUGAUUCUGUCCCUCUCAUCCUCCCAACAGACACUGAGGUCCUCUUAUUGAACUUCAACGCCAUCACCUCUGUCUCCUUUAGCUCCUUUAGAAGCCUCACUAAGCUCUACGACCUUGACCUCUCAAACAACCAAAUUAGACACUUGCACAGUGAUGACACACUCCCAGUUCAGAAACUGGACGUCUCGUCUAAUGUCUUAGCCACACUUCCCGAUUUCAGGAAGUUGCCUCUUCUCAGGAAGUUGGUCCUUGAUGUCAAUCAGAUCUCGACUCUCCCAGAGAGAGCAUUUGAGCCCUUGGUCCACCUGGAAGACCUCAGCAUCAAGGGAAAUGCCAUCAUUUCCAUUCCUGACCACAUCUUUGACCCACUGGUGAAGCUUCGAUAUCUCACACUCUCUGCAAACAGAAUCGAGGAAUUCCCCAAGGAUGCACUGGGCAGGUUGGAAGAACUGCAGACUUUUGACAUCUCAAACAAUAAACUAAGAACAAUCCCUGAAGACUUCUUUGAAAACAAUGUGCUUUUUUAUGCGUUCCUGUACAACAAUCCCUGGGACUGUGAGUGCAGCACGGUGAGUUAUUUGAAGGGGUGGAUUGAUGAAAACGACGGGAACAUAUACAAAGUUGUGGGGGAACCUGACUCAGAGACGGUGGUUUGUGCAACUCCCACCACUUGGCAGGGAACUCCAAUUAUUAAUCUCCUUACCGAGCAGAUCUGUCCCAGUGUGACAACGGAACUGAUGACUCCGACAAACUUGGUACAUGGUACAGUGACCACAUUCCACAAACUAUUCCUGCAAACGUCUCGGCACCAGGAGAUCUGUGCUCAGUACAUCGACCGAGCAGGAAAGGUGGGAAUGAACUGCAGCCAUCGAUCUCUUGAUUCUGUCCCUCUCAUCCUCCCAACAGACACUGAGGUCCUCUUAUUGAACUUCAAUGCCAUCACCUCUGUCUCCUUUAGCUCCUUUAGAAACCUCACUAAGCUCUACGACCUUGACCUCUCAAACAACCAAAUUAGACACUUGCACAGUGAUGUCACACUCCCAGUUCAGAAACUGGACGUCUCGUCUAAUGUCUUAGCCACACUUCCCGAUUUCAGGAAGUUGCCUCUUCUCAGGAAGUUGGUCCUUGAUGUCAAUCAGAUCUCGACUCUCCCAGAGAGAGCAUUUGAGCCCUUGGUCCACCUGGAAGACCUCAGCAUCAAGGGAAAUGCCAUCAUUUCCAUUCCUGACCACAUCUUUGACCCACUGGUGAAGCUUCGAUAUCUCACACUCUCUGCAAACAGAAUCGAGGAAUUCCCCAAGGAUGCACUGGGCAGGUUGGAAGAACUGCAGACUUUUGACAUCUCAAACAAUAAACUAAGAACAAUCCCUGAAGACUUCUUUGAAAACAAUGUGCUUUUUUAUGCGUUCCUGUACAACAAUCCCUGGGACUGUGAGUGCAGCACGGUGAGUUAUUUGAAGGGGUGGAUUGAUGAAAACGACGGGAACAUAUACAAAGUUGUGGGGGAACCUGACUCAGAGACGGUGGUUUGUGCAACUCCCACCGCUUGGCAGGGAACUCCAAUUAUUAAUCUCCUUACCGAGCAGAUCUGUCCCAGUGUGACAACGGAACUGAUGACUCCGACAAACUUGGUACAUGGUACAGUGACCACAUUCCACAAACUAUUCCUGCAAACGUCUCGGCACCAGGAGAUCUGUGCUCAGUACAUCGACCGAGCAGGAAAGGUGGGAAUGAACUGCAGCCAUCGAUCUCUUGAUUCUGUCCCUCUCAUCCUCCCAACAGACACUGAGGUCCUCUUAUUGAACUUCAACGCCAUCACCUCUGUCUCCUUUAGCUCCUUUAGAAGCCUCACUAAGCUCUACGACCUUGACCUCUCAAACAACCAAAUUAGACACUUGCACAGUGAUGACACACUCCCAGUUCAGAAACUGGACGUCUCGUCUAAUGUCUUAGCCACACUUCCCGAUUUCAGGAAGUUGCCUCUUCUCAGGAAGUUGGUCCUUGAUGUCAAUCAGAUCUCGACUCUCCCAGAGAGAGCAUUUGAGCCCUUGGUCCACCUGGAAGACCUCAGCAUCAAGGGAAAUGCCAUCAUUUCCAUUCCUGACCACAUCUUUGACCCACUGGUGAAGCUUCGAUAUCUCACACUCUCUGCAAACAGAAUCGAGGAAUUCCCCAAGGAUGCACUGGGCAGGUUGGAAGAACUGCAGACUUUUGACAUCUCAAACAAUAAACUAAGAACAAUCCCUGAAGACUUCUUUGAAAACAAUGUGCUUUUUUAUGCGUUCCUGUACAACAAUCCCUGGGACUGUGAGUGCAGCACGGUGAGCUAUUUGAAGGGGUGGAUUGAUGAAAACGACGGGAACAUAUACAAAGUUGUGGGGGAACCUGACUCAGAGACGGUGGUUUGUGCAACUCCCACCGCUUGGCAGGGAACUCCAAUUAUUAAUCUCCUUACCGAGCAGAUCUGUCCCAGUGUGACAAUGGAACUGAUGACUCCGACAAACUUGGUACAUGGUACAGUGACCACAUUCCACAAACUAUUCCUGCAAACGUCUCGGCACCAGGAGAUCUGUGCUCAGUACAUCGACCGAGCAGGAAAGGUGGGAAUGAACUGCAGCCAUCAAUCUCUUGAUUCUGUUCCUCUCAUCCUCCCAACAGACACUGAGGUCCUCUUAUUGAACUUCAACGCCAUCACCUCUGUCUCCUUUAGCUCCUUUAGAAACCUCACUAAGCUCUAUGACCUUGACCUCUCAAACAACCAAAUUAGACACUUGCACAGUGAUGACAAACUCCCAGUUCAGAAACUGGACCUCUCGUCUAAUGUCUUAGCCACACUUCCCGACUUCAGGAAUUUGCCUUUUCUCAGGAAGUUGGUCCUUGAUGUCAACGAGAUCUCAGCUCUCCCACAGGGAGCAUUUGAGCACUUGGUUAACCUGGAAGACCUCAGCAUCAAGGGAAAUGCCAUCAUUUCCAUUUCUGACCACAUUUUUGACCCUCUGGUGAAGCUUCGAUAUCUCACCCUCUCUGCAAACAAAAUCGAGCAAUUUCCCAAGGAUGCACUGGGCAGGUUGGAAAAUCUGGAGACUUUAGAUAUCUCAUCUAAUGUAUUAAGAACAAUUCCUCAAGGCUUCUUUGAACACCAGCAACUUCCUUAUGUGUUCCUGUACAACAAUCCCUGGGACUGUGAAUGCAGCACAGUGAGUUAUUUGAAGGGGUGGAUUGAUGAAAACGACGGGAACAUAUACAAAGUUGCCGGGGAACCUGACUCAGAGACAGUGGUUUGUGAAACUCCCACCACUUGGCAGGGAACUCCAAUGAUUAAUCUCACUGCCGAGCAGAUCUGUCCCAGUGUGACAACGGAAAUGACGACUCUGAGAACCACUGUUGAUGAAACUCGAACCACAUUUGACAGUCUUUUCCUGCAAACCUCUCCACCCCAGAAGAUCUGUGCUCAGUACAUCAACUUAGCAGGAGGGAUGGGAAUAAACUGCAGUCACCGAUCCCUCAAUUCUGUCCCACUCUCCCUCCCGACAGACACCGAGGUCCUUCUGUUGAGUUCCAAUGCCAUCACGUCCAUCUUUUUAAGCUCCUUCAAAAAUCUCUCACAGCUCCAUGAUCUUGACCUCGCCAACAACCAAAUUAGAAACGUGCAUGGUAAUUACACUCUCUCAGUCCAGAAACUGGACAUCUCGUCUAACGCCUUAACCACAAUUCCCAACUUUAGCAAUUUGCCGCAUCUCAGGAGGUUGGUCCUUGAUGAUAACAAGAUUUCUGUUCUUCCAGAGGGAGCAUUUGAGCCCUUGGUCAACCUGGAAGACCUCAGCAUCAAGGGGAAUGCCAUUGCUGAGAUUCCUGAUGACAUCUUUGACCCACUAAAGAACCUUCGACAUCUCACCCUCUCUGCGAACAAAAUCAGGGAAUUCCCCAAGGAUGCGUUGAGUAGCAUGGAAAUUCUACAGACUUUAGAUAUCUCAUCUAAUGUACUGAGAACAAUCCCUCAAGGCCUUUUUGAACACCAGAGACUUCUUCAUGUCCUCCUUUAUGACAACCCCUGGGACUGUGAUUGCUCUAUCCAUUACAUGGCUGAAUGGAUUAAUGUAAAUAGGGACAAGGUGUACAGACAUGCUGGUGUCAAUGACAGCACUUCUGUGACCUGCAAUGCCCCCCCAGAGCUAGACGGUAUACCCCUGAUACAAGUUGCCAUCGACCAAAUUUGUGCAGUCACCACCUCUAUAACCUCAGCACCCGUGAGCACUCCAGCAGCACCCAGCGACCCCAGCCCCGACAACACCUUCACCAUGUGGGCAAGAAGAUCAGGGCUGCUGGAGUUUUUCCAGCAGUUGCAACGGAACUGCCUGCUGCUCUUCACCCUGCUCUGCCUUUCGCUUGGCCUGGUCCUCUUCGAGAUCUCCGCCCUCUCCUUCUAUAUCCUCAGGUUCCACCAAAGACUCUAUCGUCCCCUGAGGCAGUUGUCCCGCCGGAGCUGGUACAUCAGGCUGGUCCGCUACAGCCUGGUUCUGCCCUACUUACAACAGAUCUACCCUCCACCAAGAGCGGCCUUCAGCCGGGACGCCACAGAGGCCACUCCACUAGAGGGAGAGGAGUGGACCAGUAAUGCGACCGAGGCUGCUGGAGAUGCAUUCACUAGCUUCCUCUAAACAGAUCUGUGGCAAAGGAACACUUUGGGACUGAAAGCUUUCAGUUUUAUAAGGCUUAUUUGCAUACAUGUGUAGGGCUCUCAGUGUACUAGAUGGACUGUUAACUGUUGAUCAUUUAUUACCAAAAUGGCUUCUCUGAUGUGUUAUAUUAAUGGCUUCUUGUAAUGUUAACUGCUGAGCAGGGGGUUCUCUGUAACUGCAAUGUUUGGGUUAUACGGUGUGAUAAUGGAAACUGUAUUCAUUUCUUAGCCAAUGGAAGUCAUGUUCUGUUAUCUUGUAUAUGUGUGCUGAGUUGAGGAGCGUGGGCUUUUUUGGGAGGCAAGCAGAGAGGAUGGACGUGUGAGGAAUGGACAGCAGUUCCAGGGCGGCAGACACCAGACCUCGAGGGUUCGGAGGGUGGCCGGAGUCUCGGAAGGACGUUGUAGAUGGAAUCGGAGGCGUCAGCUCCAAUGUAUUAAAAUAUUAUGUGCACAAGACUGAUAAGUUGCUUAUGUGGCGCCUUUUCUUGUAGUUGCUUUUACUAACCCAUCACCAAAAAUUUCCUAUAAAGUAUAAUUCUUUACUUGCACUUUGUAUAUUGUUUCCUAUUUGUGUCGUGGCUGACCAGUGGGCGACUCACACCUUAUCUGCACCAAAGCAUUUGCACUGUUUGGCGGGGUCGACGGCUAUUCACCCGAGGCAAUAGGGGGUCAGUGGGGCAAAGACCGUCAUACACGCAAACAGAGUUAGGCCCCACUUUGUUAUGCACCAAAUAUUGCGCACCAUUUGCAAAAACUGGAUUGUUAUUGCCCCCUCCUCUUUUAUAUUGCCAUAUUAAGUAUAACAUUGCCAUAUUGUAAUUUUAUAGAGAAGAUGGUAGCGUAGUGUUUAGCUUAACGCUUUACAAUACCAGGGUCCUGGGUUCAUUCCUACCCUUGCCGGUAAGGAGUCUGUACGUUCUCCCCAUAACAGCGUGGGUUUCCUCCAGAUGCUAUGAUUCCCCCUCCAACAGUCCAAAGACGUACCGGUUGGCAGGAUCAUUGUAAAUUGUCCUGUGUUUAGUCUAAGGUGAAAUCAAGGGAAUUGCUGGGCAGUGCGGCUCAAAGGGCCAGAAGGGACCAUUCCCUGCUGUAACUUUACAAAUAAAUAAAUAUUUCU